AUGGGCAAGGCAAAACAAUUGACAGAGGCCAUCAAGGUGAAAAUCAUCACUUUGUCAGGCCACACCUCAAUGACCCAGCAAGAGAUUGCAAGAGAAUGUGGUUUAUCCCAGCAGGCAGUGGAUUCAAAGUUCCUCAAGAAUUUGAGGUUUGCGAAGAAACACAACCUCUCAAAAACCAAGCAGCUGAAAAGGGCAAAAUUGAAUGCUGCAGAAGAGAAGCCUCCUGCACCCAUGAAGCUUUGAGAUGUUGCA